UGUAGGAAAUAUUGCCAGCCUACUACGUACAGAUAUGUAUUCUCUCUAGGUUAGGUAAGUUUAUCCAUGCGCAGUCACCUCUAAAGCUACCUACGUAAUCCAUUGAUAACGAAACGCCCGUGUUGGGUUACGCAAAAAGCGAUCUGUGUGCUCUCGGUCCCGAACCUUUUCUUGUUCAUUCCUUGGGUUCCGGUUGGACGCUUUAGGAGGUCGGUGCGUAGGCGCAGAUCCCCAAGGCCAAGAUCCGAGACAAUGAGGCGCCAAUAGGGUGUGUAACGGGGAUUCAACGUUUGGUACCUAAUUCUUGUUUUCUAGUACCGGGGCCGUUGGGAUCGCGGGGGUGAAUGGCUAUGGAUGGGCGGGUAUGUAAGCGAUGCAUUUCCCGUCUAUCCUACUUUUCUUACCUUUUUGACUUGCUUCCCGCACACGGCAAGACUCCUAGUUCGCUAUAGCUUCAUGUGGCAUCGACAUCCACGUAUAUCAGCAAAGCAUUCGGCAUAUCAGGGGAGGCUGGCUUUAUUCAGACUGUCACCAUGAAGUUGGCAAUCAUUCUCGGAGUUAACAUCGCUCUGUUGGCGAGGAGCGCAUACGCCCGGGAUCCAUACUACGAUCAUGACUUUGAUGGCUCCUUAUGGGAUGGUCCAGAUGACAACGGAGGUAAUGGUGAGGGGUAUAUCUACGGGGGUAGCUCUUCAAGCGGAUACGCGCCCAACACAUAUGACUCGUUUGCGGGAUUCGAUAUCCAGGAGGUGAUGCGGGAUCGUACUGCUCAUGGAGUGAUCGCCGCGUUGUGCUUCGUGAUCCUAUUCCCGGUAGGGGCAGUCCUCGUUCGCAUUGUCCCUAGCCGGCUAUCCUGGGUAAUCCACGCUGUAACCCAAAGCGUGGCCUUCAUUCUUUUCAUUGUAGCAGCGGCACUGGGCAUUCGGAUGGUAGACAUUGUGGAUAUCCCCCCUAACAGUUCCAGCCUAUUACAGAUAUCCUCCGCUAACGCGCAUCCAAUUAUCGGCCUUGUCCUUCUCGUCGUAAUGUUCAUACAACCAGUGCUUGGUUACAUCCAUCACUCAUGGUUCAAGCGCCUUCAGCGACGAACUACGCCCUCCUACGUCCAUAUAUGGCUCGGCCGUGCCGCUAUUACUCUAGGCAUAAUCAACGGAGGGCUCGGCCUACAAUUAGCUAACGCCUCGCAAGAUGUUAUCAUAGCGUAUUCCGUCAUUGCUGCCGUUGCGUGGCUAGUCUGGCUAGCUAGUGCUAUAUAUGGGGAGGUAAGACGUCGUCAGAAUAUUCCGAACCGAGACACCGAAACUCGCUCGGGUUUCACUUCUCCUAGCCUUGCUCCUCCUCCUACCGGCCCACGGGGCGGCGUUUUCCGCCACCACAACUCGAGCCCGGACGACCCGAGCCCUCCUUACACCCCCGGUGUCCUAUAUGGCGGUCCACCCGUAUAUAGGGGGACUGUGGAGGGAGAUGCGAUGGAGAUGGAGCCCGCCAAGGAUCCUCUCGAGAGGAGUAAUUCUUCGUUCUCAGUGUCACCCAGGACAACAGAGACAGAUGUGACACGAAGACUAUAGGCAGGUAGUCAGUGGGCAAAUCUAGACUUUUACGAAC